UCUUUACGGAAAUCAGUGAAAGAAGCAAAGAAACCAGAGUGAACUCAAGAACACAGAUAAACGGUAUUAUGAUUACUGACUAACAAGCUUUGUGGUUUACUGAUUAACCGUUUAAAUCGUUGAAAUGAUAACAUCUCAUUGUUCCAGCUUCUCAAAUAUGAGGAUUUACUGUUUUUGUUUAUCUUAAUUACAGUAAACUGAAUCAUUUUGUAAUGGACAUUUCUGACAGUUUCUGACAUUUUGCAAACCAAAACACAGAUAGACUGAUGAAAGAAACAAUCAGCAGAUUCAUCCAUAAUAAAAUCAAGUUGCUUAUAUAAAAUAGUAAAAGGUCAACCACGUACAGCAGUAAAAUGCUGCUUAAACAUUAAUUCAUCAGUAUUGAUGAUGUCUGUAUAAUGGGGCCAUUUUUCCACAUUAAGUACUUUAAGUACAUAUCCCGAUAAUACACACUUACAUACAUUAAGUAAUAUUUUAUGUAAAGUACUUUAAUUUUAUUUAUUUCCCUGACUUUUGUUGUACCCCUUUUGUUCUUUGCACUAUCCAUGCUGCUGUAACAAACCAAAUUUCCCCGUUGUGGGAUAAUAAAGGAUUAUCUUAUCUUAUUUUCGAUGCAGGAAUUUUACUUGUAAUGGAGUAUUUUUACAGCAAGGUAUUAGUACUUUUACUCAAGUCAAGAAUCUGACCUUCUCCACCACUGAUAUGAGAGUACGUUCCUCAGGUCAACUGAGUUCAGUUCUGAGACCUGCAACCUACAUUCAUAGCAGUUAUAUUUGGCACAAAUUUCAGUAAACAAACUUCUAGGUCAAAACCCUGAAUAUAACUGCAUGUCAAGCUAAAGGCAUGAUAGCUUAUACAUGUACUAUAUCUGAGAAACCCAUUCAUAAUUUUUGCAGGUAUUUAUUUACACUUUUACCAUUGUAUGUGUGAAACUCAUGUGGGUUAACAUUACGCAACCCAGUCUAAUGAUCUUAUGAAAGAGGUCAGAGGUUCUUCUGAUGUAAGCAUUGUUCUUGCGUGACAGGGAGAAACACAUUCACAAAACUAAACUACACAGAAGUUUAAAAAAAUUAACUAACUAUGAUGACAUGACGAAGAAGAAAGCAUCACUUUGUUUAUUAUCUGCAGAACAUUCAUGGCAGCACCAUAGCUUUGUGUGACACGUGUCACAUGUAACUCAUUUACCUGUUAAAGGACCGAUCAUCUCUGUGACUGGUAGUUUGAACUCCAGGUCAACAUAGAUGAUCGGUCCUCCUAUGUAAGGAAUCUUUUAGAUGGACUGUCAGUCUGCGAGCACAUAGGGUUACUGCUGCCACUCCUGAGCACAGGUAAGUAAAUUUCAGGAACAUGUUGCAUGCUGUGCAACAUGUAAGCAUGUUGUGGCUUAUUAUCAUACUAUACUUUCUUAUCAGUGCUUGAAAUUUUCCUACUGGUUACAUCACAAAAUAGAUGCAGAUGCACGUUCAUUUUACCAGCAGAACUGUUUCAUUACAGAUCAUACCUGAUCUUCCAGAUGAUAUGUUGAAGCUGAAGAUGUCUCUUAUGUUACAUUUUCUCUGUCUUACAUUUUAGGAACCAUGCCAUUGCAAAGUGUGUGUGGAAUAAUUGUAUUCCUCAGUGUUUGUCUGAUUUCCUUCACACCACCUUGUGAUGGAGGAAACAUUCUAGUGUUCCCAGUAGAUGGCAGCCACUGGAUCAAUAUGAAGAUCCUGCUGGAAGAACUUCAUGCCAGGGGACACAGCAUGACUGUGAUAAGGGCCUCCACCAGCUGGUACAUCCCAGAAAAGUCUCCUCUCUACAAAUCCAUUACCCUCGAAAUGGAUGAAGGUUUAGAGAACUUUUUUGAUAUUUACCUGCAGGAACACAUGAGGGCGCAGAGAGAGGGGGCUUCAGCACUUACUUUCUUCAAACUCACCAAGGAUUUCCUUUCUAUGAUUUCUAAGGCCCAUUUAAUGUGGUCUGAGGCCCUUGUUCAAAUCUUUGAUGAUGAAAGAAUGAUCCAAAGCUUAAAGGAUUCCCAGUAUGAUCUUGUUCUCACUGACCCAGCCAUAGCACCAGGGGUUUUACUAGCCAAGUAUCUCAAACUGCCCAUGGUGCUCAAUGUUCGCUGGAUCACCAGCGGAGAAGGUCACUUUGCGAUAGCCCCCUCACCACUCUCUUACAUCCCAGUGCCAGGAUCGGGCUUAACAGACAAAAUGAAUUUCAUCCAGAGGGUCAAGAACAUGCUUUUCUACAGCAUUAUACUGUUCCAGCAGAAAUUCAUGGUGGGACCAUGCUAUGAUACCAUCUGUAAUAAAUAUAUUGAGGGUGGAUGUGACAUCAUCUCGCUUCUUCAGGAAGCAGACAUUUGGCUGUUCAGGUCAGAUUUUGUAUUUGAAUUCCCUCGGCCCACAAUGCCAAAUGUCAUCUACAUAGGAGGGUUCCAGUGCAAACCAGCCCAACCCCUGCCAGCGGACCUGGAAGAGUUUGUUCAGAGUGCAGGGGAGCACGGAGUGAUCAUAAUGACUCUGGGAACGUUGGUUAACGCUUUGCCCAAAGAGGUUGCAGAUGAAAUCGCCAGCGUCUUUGCCAAGAUGCCUCAGAAGGUGAUAUGGAGGCACAAAGGGGAACGUCCCUCUACUUUGGGCAACAACACCCUGAUAGUGGACUGGAUGCCACAGAGAGACCUCCUGGGCCACCCACAUACCAAAGUCUUUGUAGCUCAUGGAGGAACCAACGGAGUCCAGGAGGCCAUCUACCAUGGGAUUCCUGUGCUCGGCAUUCCCUUGUUCUUUGACCAGUAUGACAACCUUCUCCGUCUGCAGGAGAGAGGAGCUGGGAAGAUCAUUCAGCUAGGUGAUGUUAGCGGUCGCAGUUUCGAGCAAGGUCUCAGCGACGUGCUCCAUCAAGACAGCUACACACAGAACAUGCAAAGACUGUCCUGUUUACACAGAGAUCAGCCAAUGACACCCAUGGAUCAGGCCGUUUUCUGGGUGGAAUAUGUGAUGCGCCAUAAAGGGGCUCCUCACCUGCGUACAGAGGCUUAUAAGAUGCCCUGGUACUCAUACUACUGUUUAGAUGUCUUGCUGCUAUUGCUGACUGCAACGACUGUACUACUUCUCUCUACUUUGGCCAUUUUCAGGUUCCUAUGCUGCAGAAGUAGAAGAAAGACCAAAACCAAACAACACUGAUUAAAGUCAACAUUGUUUAGAAAUAUGCUUCAAUUAGUUCUUUAAAGCAUUGAACUUAGACAAAAAUGUAAAGUAUCUUAUUUGAUCAAUACAUAAGGAACUGCUUUUGUUUAUUAUUACUACUAUAAUAGGGGAUGUUCUGCAUUGAAAACUACAAUAACUCACUCUAAGAACACAAUACUGUAAUUUAGGUCUUGCAGUCUGUAACUUUAUCUUCAUUUCACAUAUGUCUUGGCCUCACAUGACAUGCCCACAUUCCAGCCGAAGCCCUAAAUCCUAAAACACAUGCCCACACUAUAUGCCAGACAUCACAGCUGGCCUGUUUUGGGAAGGCUAUGAGGCCACAUUUCCACUGGGCCAGAGAUACCAAUUCUGUAGGUCAUUAUCUAGUCAGGAAGAUUUGAUUAUGAUAAGAAACUAGAAAGAAACCUUCUGUUACUGUACAUGCAAUAAAAGACAACACAGUAUUUUCUUUUAGAUGCCUGUGGUAUAUGACUGUGUGAGAAACAGCAAAGAUAAUCUCAAUAUCAAGAACACAUGUAUCCCUACCAAUACGCCACAGGCAAUCCAGUUUUAUGGAAAACCUGGAGAUCGAUUAUGUCCUGCUUAUUAUUCUUUAUAUUUAUAUCAAUCCAUAUAAAUUACAUCAUCUUCUAAACUAAAAUUAAUGCCACCAAGAAGACAAACCUCAAAAAUGACUAUGGAAAAUCAUAAUUUCAGAAUAUAGAUCGUAUUAAAACCAUUUCCCUUUCCCAAACAGUCCAAAAACAGAUGCUUUGAAACAAUCAGUGGCUGGAAAGGAAAACUCUCUUUGAUAAAGCAUAAGCUCAUAUGGUUUUGAUUUAUAAGAUGAGUGAGGUUGUCUUGGUAAAUGCUACUACAAGCUAAAUUACAUUUCACUAAUAAUUCUGCGAUGCACUGCUUGAGACUCCUCCGUUUGCUGAUGAGGAAAGCAAAUCUGUGAAAAUAUUCAAAGGUACGAAGGCAGUGAGGUGAUUUAUAAGGCUUGGAACCACAUUAAGUAUAACUUUCAAAAGAAACACAUAUGAUGAAAUAGAGAAGAAUUGUGUGUGUGGGUGUGUGUGUAGGUGUAGUGGCAUGUGUUGAUUUUAAUGUCUUGUAAUCCGGAAAAGUCUGUUGUGAAUCAAAUAAAUAUGGGAAAGUCAAAUAAAUGAUCGCAACCCUGCCAAGUUAAUACAAUACAUCAUGAUCAUACACCACCUUGUAGGAGUGUCUACCUGUUUCUGGCAGUUAUGAAUUAUAUUUUCAUGGUCAAUGAUUUGAUACACAUACACAUACAUUUGUAACAAUCCAGUACUCAUUGAUUCGUCUCAGUUUGGCUUUUGAUUUAAACUUGACUGGAAAUACUAAUAGACCUUAUCGUUUUUCACAUUAUUUCACUAUAUUGUGUAUUUUCUUACAAAUAAAAUGUAUUUUUUAUUAGGUAGUUAGUUAUUAAGGAGCAGCUGUGCUUUGUUAACAUAGU